AUGGCCGAUAAUGUGCCAAUUGAUAUCAUCCGUUCACAUCAAGAUGAUAUAGACCGAGAGAGUGCAAAGCAGGAGCAUAAGUUACACGCGCAGUCGGCACCACUGGACGUUGAUGAAGAUGAGAAAUACAAGCGCGAUGUGGCCCCGGACGGUGGCUAUGGCUGGGUCUGUGUCGCCUGUGUUUUCUGGAUUAAUGCGCAUACUUGGGGUAUUAAUAGCAGCUAUGGAGUCUUUCUGAGCCAUUACCUCUCACACGAUGUAUUCCCCAACACAUCGGCCCUAUCAUAUGCCUUCACAGGCGGCCUGAGUAUCUCCUGUGCCCUUUUGGUGGCUCCAUUGGCUACAUGGAUGAUCCAAAAAUGGGGUACACGACUUGUACUCAAUUUGGGCAUUUUCUUCGAAACCCUCUCUCUAAUAGGGUCCUCAUUCGCAACCCAGAAAUGGCACAUCUUCCUCAGCCAAGGCGUCUGUUUCGGUUGGGGCAUGGGCUUUCUCUUCGUGGGCAGUGUCGGUAUCACCCCGCAGUGGUUUGACAAGCACCGUGGUGUAGCGAUGGGCAUCAACGCGGCCGGAUCUGGUCUCGGCGGUCUGAUCUAUUCCUUAGCAGUGGGCGCCAUUAUCCCGCGCUACGGGUUGGGUUGGGCGUUCCGCAUUUUGGGUAUCAUUUCCUGCGUCGUGAACCUGGUCUGUUGUAAUCUGUUGCGGGAUCGCAAUAAGGCCGUCGGCAGUAGAUUCACGGCGUUUCACCUGCCCCUUCUGCGUCGCCCGGAGUUCUUACUCUUCCUUGGGUGGGGUGUGUUCAGUAUGCUCGGCUACGUGGCGCUUUUGUUCAGCGUUGCCAACUUCGCCCUCUCCGUCGGCCUCUCGUCGCACCAGGGGAGUAUUGUCUCUGCGCUGCUUAACCUCGGUCAGGGUCUGGGGCGUCCGUUUGUUGGCAUGUUCAGUGAUCGGCUUGGUCGCAUUAAUAUUGCCACUUCCCUCACCUUCUUCUGCGGUCUAUUCUGCCUUGCCGUCUGGACUUCCGCUGAUAGCAUGGGCGUGGUAUGCUUUUUCGCCGUUUUGGUCGGUACUGUCGCCGGCACGUAUUGGGCUACUGUUUCUCCUGUUCUGGCCGAGAUUAUUGGUAUCAGAGACCUUCCUUCCGGCUUGAGCAUUACUUGGCUCACGCUUGUUGCCCCUUGCACUGUCUCCGAGGCUAUCGCCCUUCAGCUUCGCAGCCAUAAUGUCGGUGGUGGGACUUCAUAUCUGCGUGUUCAGUUAUUUACUGGCUUCAUGUAUUUUGGUGCUUCCUUAUGUCUGUGGAUUGUCCGUGGUUGGAAGGUCGGCGAGUUGGAGCGUGCCCAAGGAUGCUCUGAUACUGUCGUCCAGGCUGGCCCGUUGACUGGAAGCCUCGGCGGAAAUGAGAAGCAGAGCCUCCCUGCGACUAUUUCCCCGGCCCUGGGGGCCACUGAAAUGGCUGCUUCGUUAUGGGAUCCGGUCAGCUUAGUUCGCAGAAUGGUCACUUUGAAAAAGGUUUAA